AUGGAGGGGGUGAGGACAGGGGGGGUGUGGUUGAUGGAGGGGGUGAGGACAGGGGUGAUGUGGUUGAUGGAGGGGGUUAAGACAGGGGGGGUGUGUGAUGGAGGGGGUGAGGACAGGGGUGAUGUGGUUGAUGGAGGGGGUGAGGACAGGGGGGGUGUGGUUGAUGGAGGGGGUGAGGACAGGGGGGGUGUGGUUGAUGGAGGGGGAGAGGACAGGGGGGUGUGGUUGAUGGAGGGGGUGAGGACAGGGGGGGUGUGGUUGAUGGAGGGGGUGAGGACAGGGGGGGUGUGGUUGAUGGAGGGGGAGAGGACAGGGGGGGUGUGGUUGAUGGAGGGGGGUGAGGACAGGGGGGGUGUGGUUGAUGGAGGGGGUGAGGACAGGGGGGGUGUGGUUGAUGGAGGGGGAGAGGACAGGGGGGGUGUGGUUGAUGGAGGGGGUGAGGACAGGGGGGGUGUGGUUGAUGGAGGGGGUGAGGACAGGGGGGGUGUGGUUGUUGGAGGGGGGGGGGGUGAGGACAGGGGGGGUGUGGUUGAUGGAGGGGGUGAGGACAGGGGGGAUGUUGUUGAUGGAGGGGGUGAGGACAGGGGGGGUGUGGUUGAUGGAGGGGGUGAGGACAGGGGGGUGUGGUUGAUGGAGGGGGUGAGGACAGGGGGGGUGUGGUUGAUGGAGGGGGUGAGGACAGGGGGGGUGUGGUUGAUGGAGGGGGUGAGGACAGGGGGGGUGUGGUUGAUGGAGGGGGUGAGGACAGGGGGGGUGUGGUUGAUGGAGGGGGUGAGGACAGGGGGGGUGUGGUUGAUGGAGGGGGUGAGGACAGGGGGGGUGUGGUUGAUGGAGGGGGUGAGGACAGGGGGGUGUGGUUGA